AUGGCUAAUUGGUACCCAAAAUGCGUUCAGUUCACAAGAAUGCGUCGUCUGUCACGUUUGGUGUUGCUCUUCUCGUAUUAUUACUCGCAGUUACUUGGGAUUGUACGUUUUGCAUACAACAUCAAAACAGGAGCAGUUCGCACAACACUCCGUAUAACACUCUAUAGCAUUUGGGCGAAUAUAUCCUUGGUGGUUGUGGUUGUCCUAUGGCAUAAUGAAAAAAUCAACACAAUUUUGCUGAACUCAAAGUACUUGCACCAUCGCAUCUACUUCAUUAUGACGAUAAUACGCGGUAUUACUGUCGUCGUGACGUUAAUCUUCAACUGGACACGGCGUUGCAAGUUUAUGGAAGUUAUUGUGGAGUUUCAGAAUUUACGUGUACAGCAUUUUACAGAUCUGCCGAUACGCGAUGAACUGCAGCGUCAAUUUGAAAAGUGCAUCAUAACAAAAUUUUACCUGAGCAUAUUUGCAGAAAUAUCUUUAUGGGCGCUAUCGCUUGAAACACUUUAUAGCAUACUGGAUUGGAGUCUUGUGCGUAGUGGUUUUUCCAUGUUUGUAUUAACCAAUAUACUCACUGUCAUGACUUAUCAUUUUUAUUUUGGCAUACUCUAUGUCAGUCAUCAUUUUCGCAUACUGAAUGAUGAGUUAGAAAUUGUUAUGCAAACUGCUUGUAUGGUUGGUAGACGUUAUCAAUGUCAGCGUCGACCAGGUAUAUAUUUUACACAAUGCUGCGAACUCGCUGACCGUUUGGACGAACUCGCUGUGGCUCAUCGUAAACUUCAGGACUUAACGAAUCGAAUCCUUAAUAUGUUUAGCCUACAAGGUAUUUGCGUUGUGUUCAACAUGUACCUUAACAACAUCGGCAUGUUCUUUAUAGUAUAUGCGUUAUUCAAAUCCAAUGCUUUUAUUCUUAGCAUGAGCAUUUGGGCCGCUAUACUUAUGAUACUAACAGUUGUCAGUUAUUAUGCGGAUAUAAAUAAAUUUCUCAACGUAAUGCUGGAUCUACUGCAAUAUUACCAAGAUACGGCCGCGAUGCUUAAGUUAAGCACUCCCACACAAGUUUUGGACGUGCGUUUUGAACAAAGUGUGGAACAGUUCUGUUUACAAAUAGCACAAAAUCCAUUAGAAAUAAAAAUACUCGGGUUAUUUCUGUUUGAUAAACCAAUGGCUUUCGAUAUAUUCGUUUCUACGCUUUUGACUGCAGUAUUUGUCAUGCAAUAUGACUACCAAUAUUUUUAA